GAAAAUGAAAGGGGGAAGAGGGUCAAUUUUAUUUUAGUAAAAUUUAGGUUUUGAGAUUUUGGCUUGGAUGGGUUGAUUUGAAGUUUUUAAGUUUAUAACUGUUUUAAAAUUAUGGGAUUAGGGAGUAUUGGUGGGACCGAUGUUGUGGUGGACGACGGUGGCAGUGGUGGCUGCGGCAAUGGAGGGGAGUCUGUCGGUUCGGUUUCUUGCUCGAUUUGCCUCGAAACGGUUGCUGAUAAUGGAGAUCGGUCGUGGGCUAAGCUUCAAUGCGGUCAUCAGUUUCAUUUGGAUUGUAUUGGUUCGACAUUCAAUGUAAAGGGUGCAAUGCAAUGCCCUAAUUGUCGAAAAAUCGAGAAAGGUCAAUGGUUUUAUUCCAAUGGUGGUCGUUCGUAUCCAGAGUUUAAUGUGGAUGAUUGGACACAUGAUGAGGACCUUUAUGAUCUAAGUUUAUCUGAAAUGGUAAUGGAGCAACAUUUCUAUGCAAGUUCUUUUCUCUCCAAUUUCAACAUUCGUAGCAAACCGAAAUGAUUUUGAUUGCCUUAUUCGUAUUUAUGUUUCAUUUUUGUCUCUAGAUAUGCCUAGCAUUUUCAGCCUUGCCCUCCCACCCAUUUCACUUUAAAUGACCAUCUUUUAUUGAUUUUUAGGCUGGGAAUUUUUGGUUUUUUGAAGCUCUUGGUUAACAAACUGAGUUUCUUUUUACUAAACCUGUCAAAUUUGAAAAUUUAACAGUUUAUAUUUUAAAUUUCACAAUCAUAUGCCGCUUUACAAUUUUAUACGAUCACAUUCCUUGUUAGUCUUUUGCUUUUGCUUUAUUUGUCUCUGUACAUGCACACAUUUUCUGACAGAUGAGUCGAACUAGACUCUACUCACGGUAUACUUAUUUGGUUU